AUGUCCCGGCCACGUGUGGCCUACUUCUUCGAUGCCGAUGUUGGCAACUUUCAUUAUGGCCCUGGUCAUCCCAUGAAACCGCACCGUUUGGCCCUCACGCACAGCCUUGUCUUGGAGUAUGGGCUAUGGAGCAAGAUGGAGAUCUUCCGCCCCUACCGGGCUUCACCCGAGGACAUGGGGCGCUUCCACGCGACAGAUUACAUCAAUUUUUUACAGCGCGUGACACCCGACAAUUAUCGAACGUUCGGAUCGUACCUGCAACGCUUCAACGUCGGCGAUGACUGUCCCGUAUUUGAUGGCAUCUUUGACUUCUGCUCCAUCUACGCUGGUGCCUCCAUCGAGGGGGCCGUCAAACUGAACAACAAGCAAUGCGAUGUUGCCAUCAACUGGUCAGGCGGCCUGCAUCAUGCCAAAAAGUUUGAAGCGUCUGGCUUUUGCUACGUGAACGAUAUCGUGCUCGCCAUUCUCGAGCUACUCAAGCAACACCCUCGUGUCCUCUACAUCGACAUUGAUAUCCACCACGGCGAUGGUGUUGAGGAGGCAUUUUACACCACCGAUCGCGUCAUGACCGUAUCUUUCCACAAGUACGGUGGACACUUUUUCCCCGGCACCGGUGUCAUGUACGAGCUUGGCGCUGGCCGUGGACGCUACUACGCCCUCAACGUGCCGCUCAAGGAUGGCAUCGAUGACAUGGGCUACAACGAGCUCUUCAAACCCGUCAUGCGCGAAGUCAUCAGCAAGUUUCAGCCCUCGGCCAUUGUCCUGCAGUGUGGCGCCGAUUCACUAGGCUGUGACCGUCUUGGCUGCUUCAACCUCAGCAUUGCUGGGCAUGGCAAUUGCGUCGAGUUUAUCAAGUCGUUCAACUUGCCGCUCCUGGUUCUUGGUGGCGGUGGCUACACGAUUCGCAAUGUGGCGCGUUGCUGGACCCAUGAAACCGGCAUUCUGCUGGAUGAACAUCUGUCUGAAGAUCUCCCCUACAACGAUUACUUUCAGUAUUUCGGCCCAGACUUCAAGUUACAUCCAAACGUGGCCACUUCGGUGGAAAAUCAAAAUAGCAAAGAGUAUCUCGACAAGCUGCGGGAGCACGUCUUUGAGCAGCUGGGGCAACUCGAUGGUGCGCCAUCCGUCAUGAUGCAAGAGGUGUGUGCGCUCGAUGAAUGUCUUGGCAGGCGCAUGAGCAGAAAACUCGGCAGCUCAUGA